GAAAGCGAAAGCAAAGGUUUCAUUAAGCCGCCCCUUCAGUCGCCGUUACCAAAACCCUAAAGAGUGAAAAUGGCGGAAGACGCCAUACUUGGUUAUCUCCAAAACAAUGAUGAAAUUGAAAAUUCUGAAAAGUUUGCCCAAGAUUUUAGUCUUAGCCAUGACGACAUCCUCAACGUCAUUCGCAGUCUCCAUGGAUUUAGACUUGUUGAUGCUCAGGAUAUUAGGAGAGAGAGAUGGGUGCUUACUGAAGAGGGGAAAACUUAUGCUGCCGUAGGUUCUCCAGAAUUUCAGCUUUUCUCAGCAGUACCACCAGAGGGAAUUGCGCGGGAGGAGUUGCAGAAAAAAUUGGAUCCUGCAGUUUAUAAAAUUGGUUGCCAGCAAGCUAUAAAGAACAAGUGGGUGGAGAUGGCGAAGACACAUGUUUCAAGGAAGGCCCAACAUGCUGAUGAUAAAGUUAAAGAUUUGCUAUUGAGGAUACAAAAUGGCGAGGCUGUCAAUCAGGAGGAUAUUGAUGCUCUAAAGCGAAGAAAACUAAUAAUUCAGCAGGUUUGGAAAGGUUUCUCAGUAAAAAAAGGUCCUAACUAUGCCCCGAAAAGGAAAAGAGCAGCUACUGAUCUCACGCGGGAAAAUUUACAGAGGGGUGACUGGAAGGAAAUGGAAUUUAAAGAGUACAACUUCAGUGCUAAAGGUCAACCAGUUGAAGGUGGCCAUCUUCAUCCAUUGCUCAAGGUUAGGCGGCAGAUACAAAUGAUUUUUCUCUAUAUGGGGUUUGAGGAGAUGCCAACAAAUAAUUAUGUCGAAAGCAGUUUUUGGAACUUCGAUGCACUUUUCCAGCCCCAACAACACCCUGCCCGUGAUUCCCACGAUACAUUCUUUUUGAAAGUGCCUUCCACUACAAGGUUGCUGCCAGAAGAUUAUGUUGAGCGGGUAAAAGAAAUUCAUGAAUCUGGUGGUUACCAAUCUAGGGGAUAUGGAUAUGAUUGGAAAAGAGAGGAAGCGAACAAGAAUCUUUUGCGGACACACACUACUGCUGUUUCGUCAAGAAUGUUGUAUGCAUUAGCUCAGAAGCCAUUUGCCCCCAAGAAAUACUAUUCUAUUGAUCGUGUUUUCAGAAAUGAAGCAGUUGAUCGGACACAUCUUGCUGAAUUUCAUCAGAUAGAAGGCUUAAUAUGUGAUCGUGGACUUACUCUUGGUGAUCUGAUUGGUGUUCUUCAGGAUUUCUUUUCUCGUCUAGGAAUGUCCAAGCUUCGGUUCAAACCUGCUUAUAAUCCUUAUACUGAGCCCAGCAUGGAAAUUUUCAGCUACCAUGAAGGCUUUGAGAAAUGGGUGGAAAUUGGAAAUUCUGGUAUGUUUAGGCCUGAAAUGCUGCUUCCUAUGGGUCUGCCAGAAGAUGUUCGGGUUAUUGCCUGGGGCCUUUCCCUUGAGAGGCCUACCAUGAUUCUCAACGGGAUUGACAACAUCAGAGAUCUUUUUGGUUCCAAGGUGGAUCUAGGUCUCAUCAAAAGCAAUCCGAUAUGCCGGCUUGGACUUUAGGAACACAACGCUCUUGACUUGCGAAUUCACUGUAUCACUUGUCAGACACUCCUGAUGGUUGAGAAAAGAGUUUUUUGCUGGCCCAUCUGUUGUGAUCAUUUCUUUACCCAGUAGGAGAAUUGUCGCUGGUAUUUGUCAUAGAUAGUGUUUGAUUUAUCUUCUUACACCCGAGAUUGUCGACACAAAUGUGAAGUUUAAAUUUCAAAUGUAUGGGAGCUGUAUUCAAUUUUGAUGCUAUUUGGGAUUUGGGCUCAUUUAGUCCGUUCACAAUACUUUUGGGUAUCUAAUGACAGCUUAAUAUAUGGAGUUUCCUCCUUGCAGCCUUCACAA